UACUCGUUUGUGAUUGGUUACUGUUCUUCAAGUCACACCAACGUUUAGUCAUCACCUGUAGGACGUAAACAAAGAUGGACGAAGAACUUCUUGUAUAUGAGCAGGAUGAGGUCUACACUCUUCCCACAUCACAAGAUGAAUUGUCAGUCAGUGGAAAGUUACGGAUGAUAGAGCGGCGACACGGAGUAGUUGUGGAGUGGCGGUGUUCCGAUGAUGAAACCUCAACAGACAGCGAAUGGGCGGUCAUCAACUCAGCUGCUGUCACAUUCACACAUCACAAUGUUUCAGAUUCGGUGGAGAUUAGUACACCACGACGUAAUGUCCGCCCAGUAUCCAUAGAACUAAUUGACCUUCGCAGCUAUAGGAUUGGAGAUGAUAAAUCUCUUGUGUUGAUCCAGAGAGAUGGCACCACUCACCCAGCUUUGGCAUUCCAUACAGGAUCAGUCUAUUGUUUUGUUGACGUCCUUCAUAGAUAUGUUGCUGUAAAAAAGUCAGAAAAGGAUAGCAAUCUCUAUUUGGUGAGUGAUAAGCGACAGGCAGCCAUAGAUGAUGAGCUAGCAUCCAUGAAUUUAGUACCUCAUCGUCGUGGUGUAGGAGGACCAGGUCCUGGGCAGUGGAACAACACACAACAGAGGGUAUGGGGCUUCUUCAACAACUUAAAGCGAGAUCCAUACACAACCACCAUCAGUGCUUUCUCCAAAGUUUAUGAUACAGUUUUGUACAGUGGUGAAGAAGGGUACGUCCGUGAGAUUGAUGGUGAGGAGGAUGUUGCUGAACUCUUCCAUAGUCUUAAGAAUAUGGAAGAUCUUGAACCAGGAUUUGAGUUGUUAACCAAGAAGGGGACACUCGCUGAGCGGCCAGAUGUUGACAGACUAGCCCCCCUUACACAUGAUGACUUCCAGCAGUUUGUAGAUGAUGAUGGUCGUGUUUUAGAUGUUGAACCACUUAAGCAGCGGAUUUUUAAAGGGGGCAUCCAUCCAAACCUUCGUCGUGAACUGUGGUGUUUUUUAUUGGGCCAUUACUCCUGGAAUGCCACAUACAUCCAGCGGGAAGAGAAGCGUAGAGAGAGAGAGAACCUUUACUUUACCAUGAAGCAGCAGUGGAAGACCAUCACAGAGGACCAAGAAAGUCGUUUCAGUGGCUUUAAAGAACGCCGAAGUCUCAUAGAGAAAGAUGUGAAUCGCACAGAUCGAAAUCAUCCUUUCUUUGAAGGCGAGCAUAACCCCAAUGUCACUCUACUUCAUGAUGUUCUUAUGACAUAUGUGAUGUACAACUUUGACUUGGGCUAUGUACAGGGUAUGAGUGACCUUCUUGCCCCCAUCCUCUAUGUCACACAAAAUGAAGCAACAGCAUUUUGGUGCUUCGUGGGAUACAUGGAUAUUGUGUACAGGAAUUUUGACAUAGAUCAGUAUGGAAUGAAACAACAACUAAAGGAUGUGCACCAGAUUGUACAUUUGGUUGACCCAGAACUCAUGUCUUAUCUGGAAGUGCGAGACUCUGCCAACUUCUAUUUCUGUUUCCGUUGGCUUCUUGUCCGUUUUAAGAGGGAGCUUAAUUAUACAAAUACAUUAAGGCUAUGGGAGGUGUUGUGGACUAGUCAUCCGUGCCCAAACUUUCAUCUUCUGGUGGCUGUCGCUCUUCUUGACACAGAGAAAAACACAAUCAUGGAGAACAAAUUUGGAUUCACUGAAAUCUUAAAACAUAUCAAUGAUAUAUCAUUACGCAUUGACUUGGAUGCUACCUUGAAAAAAGCAGAGGCAAUAUAUCUCCAGAUUGCAUCAUCACCUAAUGUGCCCGAUAGUGUGCGGACGGUUUUAGGCCUUCCUGUUCAGGAGCCCUCGACUUCUCACCCAAAAACUCGUAAGAAUGAUGGCAAUGAUGACAAAGCAAAUAAUGGCACAAAUGGCAGUGAUGAUGGAGAAGCUGUUGUGAUUAACGGUGUCGGCUUGGUCGGAGUGGUAAGUAGUAUGAUUGGAUCAGCUGUGAGGCACUUGAGUGGUGAUGAUAACCUGGUCGAAGGUGCCUCUGAGGUUAUGGCUAGACAACAUGAAGAAGAUGAGGAAAAGUGCUUUGAAACAGCUCUCAGUCACCAAUUUGUAUAGCAUAUCCUACAAUCAUGGUAACUAGCAACAGAAUAAUUAGUAUAUAUAUAUAUAUA